CCGACUGCAGCAGCUUCAGAGACGGAGAGACCCGGGGGGAGGAGGGGGGAGUGUGUGAGAGACUGACCCGGGAUAGAGAGAGUGUGACUGACCCGGGAUAGAGAGAGAGAGACUGUGUCUGACCCGGGAUAGAGAGAGACUGUGACUGACCCGGGAUAGAGAGAGACUGUGACUGACCCGGGAUAGGGAGAGAGAGAGACUGUGACUGACCCGGGAUAGAGAGAGACUGUGACUGACCCGGGAUAGAGAGAGACUGUGACUGACCCGGGAUAGAGAGAGAGACUGUGACUGACCCGGGAUAGAGAGAGACUGUGACUGACCCGGGAUAGAGAGAGUGUGACUGACCCGGGAUAGAGAGAGUGUGACUGACCCGGGAUAGAGAGAGACUGUGUCUGACCCGGGAUAGAGAGAGACUGUGACUGACCCGGGAUAGAGAGAGACUGUGUCUGACCCGGGAUAGAGAGAGACUGUGACUGACCCGGGAUAGGGAGAGAGACUGUGACUGACCCGGGAUAGAGAGAGAGACUGUGACUGACCCGGGAUAGAGAGAGAGACUGUGACUGACCCGGGAUAGAGAGAGAGACUGUGACUGACCCGGGAUAGAGAGAGAGACUGUGACUGACCCGGGAUAGAGAGAGAGACUGUGACUGACCCGGGAUAGAGAGAGAGACUGUGACUGACCCGGGAUAGAGAGAGAGACUGUGACUGACCCGGGAUAGAGAGAGACUGUGACUGACCCGGGAUAGAGAGAGAGACUGUGACUGACCCGGGAUAGAGAGAGAGACUGUGACUGACCCGGGAUAGAGAGAGAGACUGUGUCUGACCCGGGAUAGAGAGAGACUGUGUCUGACCCGGGAUAGGGAGAGAGAGAGACUGUGACUGACCCGGGAUAGAGAGAGAGAGAGAGACUGUGUCUGACCCGGGAUAGAGAGAGAGAGAGACUGUGUCUGACCCGGGAUAGAGAGAGAGAGAGAGACUGUGACUGACCCGGGAUAGAGAGAGAGAGAGAGACUGUGACUGACCCGGGAUAGAGAGAGAGAGAGAGACUGUGUCUGACCCGAGAUAGAGAGAGAGAGAGAGACUGUGUCUGACCCGAGAUAGAGAGAGAGAGAGAGAGACUGUGUCUGACCCGAGAUAGAGAGAGAGAGAGAGAGACUGUGUCUGACCCGAGAUAGAGAGAGAGAGAGAGAGACUGUGUCUGACCCGAGAUAGAGAGAGAGAGAGAGAGACUGUGUCUGACCCGAGAUAGAGAGAGAGAGAGAGACUGUGUCUGACCCGAGAUAGAGAGAGAGAGAGAGAGACUGUGUCUGACCCGAGAUAGAGAGAGAGAGAGAGAGACUGUGUCUGACCCGAGAUAGAGAGAGAGAGAGAGAGACUGUGUCUGACCCGAGAUAGAGAGAGAGAGAGAGACUGUGUCUGACCCGGGAUAAAGAGAGAGAGACUGUGACUGACCCGGGAUAGAGAAAACUGACCCUGGCGAGGGUGAGAGAGGCGGCGCCAUGCCCAGCGGAGAGAGUCGGGACGGCAGCGGGCGGUCACUCCGUGACAGCUUUGACAAGUUGUGUCAGGACCUGAAUAUGGACUUGGAGAGUGGGGCUGAGGCUUGGGAGAACCUUCAGAGGAUCCGCCUCAACUACACCCUGGAGGGAGAAACUCUGCACUGGCUUGCUUGUGCCUUAUAUGUAGCCUGUCGAAAAAGCAUCACGCCAACUGUCAGCAAGGGAACAAUGGAAGGAAACGGUGUGUCACUGACAAGAAUCCUGCGCUCAUCAAAGUUAAGCCUAAUUCAGUUUUUCAGCAAGAUGAAGAAAUGGGCAGACAUGGCCAAUUUGUGUCAAGAAUUCAGGGAACGCGUGGAACAGUUGGAAAGGAAUUUUGAAGUUUCAACUGUAAUUUUCAAAAAAUUUGAACCUAUAUUUUUGGACAUGUUUCAAAAUCGUCAUGAAGAUCAGUCUCGCCUUCAAAGAAGCAGAAAACAGCGGCGCCUUCCAUGCAGCACAUCUGAUGCUUUUAGUUUUUGCUGGACCUUAUUUGUAUAUACUAAAGGCAAUUUCCGUAUGAUUGGAGAUGACCUUGUAAAUUCUUACCAUCUCUUGCUUUGUUGCCUGGAUCUCGUGUUUGGAAAUGCUUUACUGUGUCCUAAUAGAAAAGAACUGCUUAACCCAAAUUUUGAAGCAGGUUUGCCACCAGAGUUUAACAGCCAGGACUAUAAACCCCCAGUGCAACCUCCAUGCAUCAUUGACAAGCUAUGUGACUUGCAUGAUGGACUCACUGUAGAAGCAAAAGGCAUCAAGGAGCACUACUGGAAACCUUAUAUUAAAAAGCUGUUUGAGAGAAAGAUUCUGAAAGGGAACAGUGAGCUCCUCGUAGGACUUCUGGAUGUUAACAAUUUUACAGACAACAACAAAGCAAUAAACAAGGAAUAUGAAGAGUAUGUUCUGACCGUGGGGGAUUUUGAUGAGCGGAUAUUUCUGGGAGAAGAUGCCGAUGAAGAAAUAGGGACUCCUAGCAAGUCUGCAGUGGAUGUUUCAGUUGGGAAACUGUCAGCAAGAAUCCAAGUAGAAUGCAACCUUCAACAGCACUUCGAAAAAACAAAAUCUUUAGCACCUUCAACACCCUUGACAGGAAGACGGUACUUGAAGGAGAAAGAACUGGUUGUAACACCAGUGUCCUCAGCCACACAGAGCGUGAGUCGUUUACAGACCAUGGUAAUGGGACUCAAAAACACCCCAAGUGAGCUUCUGCUGCAGGUUUUCAACUCCUGUUCACGGAACCCAGUUGAAGCUAUAACAGCCCGUGUGAAAAAGAUGGGUGAGACUUUCUGCCAUCACUAUGUACAACCAAUGGAAAGCCAGGCUGGUUCUCAUAUAGAUUUUGCUAUCCGGCGGCUGAGACUUGCUGAAAUCUUGUAUUGGAAAAUCCUGGAGACAGUGAUGCUGCAGGAAAAUCGCCGAAACCCUGGGAAAGACAUGACUGUUUUACUGGAGCAAGAUAUUUUCCAUCGGUCCCUGAUGGCUUGCUGCCUGGAGAUAGUUCUCUCCUCUUAUAGUUCACAGCGUACAUUCCCAUGGAUUAUCGCCAUCCUGGAUCUUAGUCCUUUUUACUUCUACAAGGUGAUAGAAGUGCUUAUUCGGGCAGAGGACGGUCUUUCUCGUGACAUGGUGAAGCAUCUCAACAAUAUUGAAGAGCAAAUUUUAGAGAGUCGAGCUUGGAGCCAUGACUCAGCUCUUUGGAAAGCUUUGUUUGGAACAGACAGUAAGGUUCCAACAUGUGAAGAGGUGACUUUUCCCUCCAAUUUUGAAACUGGUAAUGGAGGUCCCACCCACCUGCCAAUGAUGCCAUUGUCUCCUAUAGUACACCCUCGAGUAAAGGAAGUCCGGACAGACAUUGCUGCAACCAUUAACAAACGAGAUAUUCCUCCUCCGGCAUCACCUCUAUCUGUUCACGAUCGAUUCACCUCACCCUCUGCAGGAAGUGCUAAAAGGAGACUCUUUGGUGAUGACAAUGCAUUGGAUGCCCAUGUCAAUAUUGCUCAGAAUAAUGUUAGCCAAUCACCUGGACUAAGGAUCAUCCAGACACAAAGUAUAACCAAUGAAAACAUUACCCUGUCUCCUGGGCAAACUGUUGUAACCAUGGCAACAGCUACUGUAACAGCUACCAACGGUCAAACGCUAACUAUACCUGUACAAGGUAUUGCAAAUGAAACUGGGGGCAUCACGUUCAUCCCAGUCCACAUGAAUGUAUCCCAGCAAUCACAGGUUGCAGAAGAAACUGUACAAGUCCCACUCUCUGCCCAGACUUUAAUCAAUUCUUCAGCCAAACAGUUGGGAAUUGGAACAGCGCGGGAGCCUCAGAUACCAAUCAAUAAACCAAAGAAGACUGGCUCAUUGGCAUUGUUUUUCCGAAAGGUAUAUCAUCUAGCCAGUGUCCGACUGCGUGACUUGUGUCUAAAACUGGAUGUGUCUGCAGAGCUUCGAAGAAAGAUUUGGACUUGCUUUGAGUAUUCUUUGGUGAAUUGUACUGAUCUGAUGACUGACAGGCACCUUGAUCAGCUCCUCCUCUGUGCUGUCUACAUAAUGGCCAAGGUUACUAAGGAGGAUAGAUCUUUCACAGAUAUAAUGAAAUGUUACAGAAGUCAACCCCAAGCCAACAGCAGUGUGUACCGAAGUGUUCUUCUUAAAGGAGGGAAAUGGUCAAGGAUGACUGGUCUUGAUGAGCAUAAUGGGGAAGAUGUAAUCAUGGAAGAUCAAGUGCUAAGUGGUGAUCAUCCAAAAAAUAGCAUUGUACAUUAUCCUGGCAAAGCAAGCAGUCCUUCAUUGUCUCCUGCCAAAGUGUCCAAGUGUCCUGUAACUCUUCAGGAGGAGAGGGGUGACCUUAUUAAGUUCUAUAAUACAGUCUAUGUGAACAGGAUUAAAGAAUUUGCACUGAAGUACUCCAGUGUAAAACUAGAAUGUGGGGUGGAAGCACCGCCACUAUCUCCUUUUCCAAAUGUUAAAUCCCACCCUGUAUCACCACGUCGAAUAUCACAGAGACAUGCGGUCUACAUUUCUCCUCACAAGAAUGGCACCUCCCUAACACCGCGUACAGCAAUGAUGUACAGGUUUAACCGAAGCCCAUCAAAGAAUCUCAGAGAUAUCAACUGCAUGAUCAAACAAGGGGAGAGGCUGAGCAGAAAACGAGCAUUCACCAUGGAAAGUGACAGCGAGUCUCCAGCAAAACGUCUCUGCCAAGAAAAUGAUGACAUUUUGUUAAAACGAUUACAGGAUGUUGUCAGCGAGCGGGCAAACCGUUGAAAGCAGUGCCAUGCACAAUAAUGCUUCUGCUUCAGGUUUAUUAUGUAGAAUUCCUAGAAUCAGACACAUCAGAAUAUAAAGUAUAAUUAUGUGUGGAAAGCCUAGAAUCCUUCCCACAUUCAACUAUCUGGUUGACACAUGCCCACCAAACUGACCACUGUGUACGUUUUUCCGUGCCCCCCUCCCCUGAAAAAAAACCUGUUAUCCAGAAAAGGCUGUUAAUUGAGAAGAGACUCAAAUAUGCAUCAUCACUUGGUACUAAAGGGAUGAAACGAUUUAUCUCCUUAUCAGUAAUCAAAAUCUGACACUCUAGGCAUGCUGCUAGUGUUGUUGUUAGUCAAAAGCAGGGUAUCAGCAUUUCAUCUUGCUGCCAUUUUCACAGUUGCCUAAGGUAAUACUUUGACCUUGUGUGCAGCUAAAUAAUAAGUUCAGAUGUUGAGAAGAAAGCCUUUAGGAUAUUUGCAGCUGAAUUUGGCUGGUAUGUUUUCAGUGAUUUAUUUGGAUUUAGAUUGCCGGCUGUUAUAAGUACAAGGAAGUUUCAAAGAGCUAUCAGUUUUUAAUAGUGUAGUUUUCAUGAGAAGGGCAUCAAACAAAUAAAAUGCGUGUUUGGCAGCCUCUCAGCAAAGUUCUGUAACUCACCAAAACCUGAUGGCUGUAAAUUCCUGUAGAGUGGAAUGUACCCGUAAUCUCUCCCUUAUAGUUGCAGUGUUCCAAUUCACUUAUGGAACUGAUUGAUACUGAUUCUUGAAGCCUACUUGCAUACAAUGCACACGGUCACAGUAAUCUCCUGUGUGUAGCUCAGAAGGCCCCUUAGAGAGUGGAUUAGUGGAAUCCUAGAGUCUUUUGUGAGAGUUUUGUGCUUGUUAAGUGGAGAAAUCUUCGUGCUGAAAGGUGAACCAUCUUCCAGGUUAGAUGAGGCACCACUGCAGGGUUUUGCUCUAUCCUCUUUGUCCAGAUUUGCUUCAGCACCAACCUCAGCAGAACACCUUUCUUGCAUCAAUAUGACAGUUUCUCGUUUGAGACUUCCUUCCUAUUAGUACUAGUCCGUGACAUCAGCUGUAAAGAGCCUUAUUGCCAUCAUGACACUGACCAAUAAUUUUAAGAUUGGUGGGAGUAAAGCACUCAUCCCAGUUUACCUUGAGAUUGUAAGCUUUACUGAGAAUUUGUUAUUUUUUGGAUCCUCUUCAGUCUGAAGCUGUAUAAGCCAUAGAAAUUACAGUUUAUUUGGGUCGUGAUAUUUGAGUUUUCAUGAACUUCUUUUUUGCUGAGUUUCUGCCUGAAGAGGGAUUGUGAAGGAUGAUCUUUUCCAGAAACCUUUUGCCUUACCAGGUUUUUGGGCUAGGCUGUUGCCCAUUUUAUCCUGUCUUGGUGAGAAUAGUGAAUUUUCCUAUUUGCCUUUAUACUUGUAAAUGCAUAUCUCUAUCCUUGUAGACUUUGGCAUAUACAGUGGUAAAUAUUUUAAAAUCUUAACCAUAGAUGCCGGAACCCUCACACAUCUCAAGGAUGAUAUUUAUGUUGUGCAGAAACCAUUAACUAAUUACAUCAUGUAUCAUUUCAUAGAUGUGACAAUCACUUUCACCCAGUGAUUCUACUCUUUUACUAAUGAAGCAUUAUCUCUGGUAAACCAAGUGGUGUGGUGGACAAGGCAUUUCUUUUUAACCUGGUACAUUUAUCCAACAAUAUGCAGAACUUCCUCUCUGACGUACUAAAGAAUAUGAUUAGAGUCUGUCACUGAAGCUGCACCAGAUUUUUAAAAAGGCCAUGCUAUUUCUUGCACACACCAACAUGUGAGAAAUAUUAAGUGUCACACUGAAGCUGCAAUAUUGAACAAACUAGAGAGAGCUUUAUUAUUUGUUAAGCUAAAGCUACAAUGGAUCUGGAAUGCCUGAUGGUGAUAAACAUAAAACUUCAAAUUACUAACUCUGCUCCCUCGCCCAUCUACCAACCAACUCGCACCAUGCAUUUGAAAGAUUGUGAUGUUUUGUCAUUAUUCCUCAGAGUUGUGGUUCUGUUCGCCAAGCUGGGAAUUUGUGUUGCAGACGUUUUGUCCCCUGUCCAGGUGACAUCCUCAGUGCUUGGGAGCCUCCUGUGAAGCGCAUCCGUGAUCUU